UGAUCGAAUGGUUACGAAAAGUCAACAUAUAUUCAUAGCACGUGACCUCGAUAUGCUUUAGAUCAGCAUAUAAAUAAGAGAAUCAGCCAAGUAUUUAAUUCAUUUUGUCGCUCAUUUGGUUUGAGUAAACACUUGUACGUUCAUCGCGAAAAUGGCGUCUAAAUACAAGUUGACCUACUACAAUCUCCGAGCCAGGGGAGAGCCUACAAGACUUGUUUUGGCAUACGCCGGGGUGGAUUAUGAAGAUGUUCGUAUCCCGUUUGAUCUUAAAAGCGAAGAGUGGUUGGCAUUGAAACACAGUGGAAAGUGCCCUUUUGGACUGGUACCUAUCCUUGAAGUCGAGGGAGUGACCCUUUGCGAGUCCAUGGCUAUCCUUCGGUUUGUAGCCAAACGACAUGGUUUGAUGCCCAGUAAUGAUCUGCAGCAAGCCAAAGCAGACAUGUUUGCUGAAGGAGUGUAUGGUUUAGAGAACGAGAUCGUUCGUGCCAUUGUCCAUGCUGACCCGGCCCAACAGAAAGUUCUGAUGGAAAAGUUUAAUAAGGAGUCCUUACCCAGGCAAACUAAGUACUUCGAAAAGAUCUUGGAAAAGAACUCUAAAGAUGAAGUCUACUGUGUUGGAAAUAAGCUGAGCUUUGCGGACAUCUGCUUCUUCUCGUUCUACAACUCAUACAUUGCUAAAGGCCAACUGGAUCCUCCAGACGUGCUGAAAGAUUGCCCUCGCCUUACUACUCUGUACAAGAAAGUCAGAGAUGAACCUAAGAUUAAGGAGUGGAUCGAGAAACGCCCUGAAACAGCAUUGUAAAGACCAAUCAGCCGUGGAUACAAUCAUUAACCCUUUAACCCCUAAGAGUAACUAAAAUCUGAUUUCUCCUUACAAUAUCACCCCUAAACCACACAUUGACAAAACAAGAAUUAAGCAAAUGAUCACCAACUGUUACAUGAUUCUACCAACUUAUAGAUAGUUGAUCGAUGAAUAAAAACAGAAUUUAGAAAGCAAUUAAAGAGUAAGUAUCUCCUCUAAAUUGAUCAUGACGAUAGACGGACGGAAUUUCCAAUUCCAGUAGCUUUGCUACAAUAAAAGUGUCAGUUAUCAAGCAUUUUUCCUUUCGAUUUUAAGAAGUCUGGGAACAAGUUAAGAGGAGAUUCCGAUUG